CAUCGAUGGCGCACAUUUAACUUCGUAUUGUUGCAAGGGUAACUUCCGAGGUAACUAGAACGCACCGCAACUUCCGCAGGAAAAGAGGAAGACGGAAGUUGCUCCACAUUAGGCGCAUUUCUUCAAAACAGGAUCGAGCCACAUAAUCAUUUACAGUAUAAAAAUGCCUUUGUCCACACAAUCUCAGGGUGAUGAUGAACUGUACAUUUUGGUGGCCAGUUUGGAUCAUGCUCGCAAUCUCUCUAACAUACUGAAAGCCAUCACCUUCAAGGACCAUGCCAUCUUCACAGCUACACCCAAUGGCCUGAAGGUCACUGUGGAGGACUGUAAAUGUUUGCAAGCAAAUGCAUUCAUUCAGGCAGAGAUCUUCCAAGAGUUCACUAUAAAGGAAGAUGUUGUGGCUUUUCAGAUCAACCUCACUGUUCUGCUGGAUUGCCUCAAUAUCUUUGGUGAAAGCACUGUUGCAGGAGUAUCAACAGCCUUGCGUAUGUGCUACAGGGGGUAUGGUUACCCUCUGACACUGUUCUUGGAGGAAGGUGGUGUGGUGACUGUUUGCAAUAUUAACACACAAGAAUCAGAAGAACCAAUUGACUUUGAGUUCUGCAGCACCAAUGUCACAAACAAGGUGAUCCUGCAGUCAGACAGUCUGAAAGAAGUCUUCUCUGAACUGGACAUGACCAGUGAGGUAAUACAGAUCACCAUGACCCCCAGCCAGCCCUACUUCAGAUUGUCAACAUUUGGGAACUCUGGGAAUGCCCAUUAUGAUUAUACUAAAGACUCGGACAUGAUGGAACUGUUCCAGUGCACCAAGACACAAACAAACAGAUACAAAAUGUCCCUCCUGAAACCAUCCAUCAAAGCCUUGGCUUUGUCCUGCAAAGUCUCUGUGAGGACAGACAGCAGGGGCUUCCUCUCUCUGCAGUACCUGGUCAGAAAUGACGACGGACAGAUCUGCUUUGUGGAAUAUUAUUGCUGUCCCGAUGAGGAACUGGAGGAAGAAUGCUGACAGCCUGUUCAAUUUGACUUUAAUUAGCUUGAAUGAUGACCUUUAUGAGGAAUUAGUGUCCACAAAGUGGGGUGAGUUAAUCUGUAGACUUCAGGUGUUAUUUUUGGCUUCCAUAUGUUCAAGGUCAAACACUCAUCCAGGCUGCAUUUAGCCCUCUGGGCUACCCCUACAAAAUUACAAACAUUUGGCUUCAGCCUAUUCCUCAGUUACCAUGUGUAGGGAUUAUUACAGCAAAUUCCAAGGUGGGUGAGGUCUGUGUUGCCAUGUUCACACCUAAGCGAAAAUGGUUUAACUGAGUUAAGGAAGGUGCCUUUUUUUAAGCUAAAAGAACAUUUUGAUAUCGUGAACAUUUCUGAGACUUGGAAAAAGAUGCUACUUAUCUGUUCGUUAUGCACUUUUGAGUAGUUUGACCACCGUCAUAUUCCCAAGUUCAUUUACUACAUAACUAUACAGUUGCUAUGUUGCUGGUUAUUAUGGAAACCUAGUUAUUAAAUCAGAAGUCUAUUAGUUGGGUUGGCAUUAACUCAGUUUGAGUAAAUGAUUGCCAGUACAGCCGUAGCCAUCUCUAAAUGCUAGAUUUUUGUAUGCUGAUAACCUGCACAGACUUUUUGAAGGGUACAUCAUACAAUACUGACAGCGAGUUGAAUAGUUUUAUUUCAGUGACAUACAAAACUACUGUACUUAAACUGAAGUUUUUGAAACAUUAAAUUAUCAAAAAGGGCAGCAAAUGUUGUUUCUGUAUUGUAAAAUUAAAGACCUUUAUGUCCCGAUACCAUUAUUACUUACAAAAUAAGAGAAAUUCUGUCCACAUUAUAGCAGUAGACAUUUAACUCAAACAAAUUUUUAGGGUUUUUAUGAUAAUUGUGGGAUGCAUCAAAGGAAAUCUUCCACAAAAGGUCACAAUACGGGACUAAUAACCUGACUUUAAACUGAGCAAUCAGUGACUCAACAAAAUUCAGUCCAUCCAGUUAUCUUCGUGCCCUCUGCAUCCUUUGUCUUUUGAAAGCUUUGUGUUUGUUCUUCUUUACCACUUUUGGCUCAGGUGCCUCCGUUUGGAUGUGAACAGGCUUCUCCUCAGCUGGUGUGACAAAGACAUCAGCUGUAACAUCUUUGUUCAAGUUUUCCUUUGCUUCUGUCCUCUUCAUUUUCUGCAUCUCCUUGACCAGCUGCUUCUCACGUACUUUGGCUGCUGCCGCCAGUCGCAGCUCUCGCCGGUGCUGUAGGUGGAUGAAGAUGAUGGAUUAUAAACUAAGUAAUAUAACAGGAAAUAUGAUAGCUUUUUUUGUGUGUGUGUGUGGCUGCCUUUCAUAGUGAAUGUGUACACCCAAUGAGGUGAAGCAUUAUAUUAAACAGAGGCUGUUGUGUGUGUGUGUGUGUGUAGUGAGAAAAGACGACAUCUGCAGCCCUCCAGCAAAAAGUAGAUAUUUCUACAAGGUGGUCAUUACAAUGAGCCUGAAAAUUCUAAUAUUACUGUCCAUUAAAUACAACUAAAAUUAUGAUUAAAAUGGAUUUUUACCAAGUUAGGAGACUGGAAGUUUGGGUUUUCAUAGAGUGUGGGCCCUCCAAAGCUCCCUUGAAAGAUCUUCAUAAGGUUCAGAACAAAUCGAGGUCCAAUCUCCACCAGUGAGGCAUCCUCCUCAAUUAUCUGAACAUGGAAACCAAGGACAGAGAAAUAAUUACAUAAAGAAAUAAAGGGAAAAAAGUUAACUCAUUACCAGGGCUUAAAGUAAAAAAAAAAAAAAAAAAAAAAAAAUCCCGAGCCGUAACUUUUUCCUGGGGAGCGAAGGUGCAGUGGAUCUGAUGCAUACACAC